AUGAUAAACAGUAAAAAUGUGCAAACAAAUAUGACUCAAAGAGUAAAUAACCAAGGAAAUAGUUUUAAUGUUAAUCCAAAUAUGAAUACAACUAAAAACAACGUAGAAAUGAGAUAAACUAUAUCUAUAAUGCAAGCUUAGGGAGAGAAAUACAAGAAUACUUUUUUGAAUCAUAAAUUUAACAAAAACAAUCUUCAGGUUGUAGUAUCCAAAAAGGAUGAAUAGAAGGAAGAGUACUUAGAGGCAAUUGAGAUCUUUAGAUAGGCUGCAGUUAAGAGCUUCAAGAACAAAUACAAAAAAGGAAGUGUCGAUGCAUUAAACAUGGUAAUAAGAGCAUCCUUAAUUAUCCCAGAUGUUUAUCUCUUAAAGAGUUCACUUAAAAUGCUAGGGUUUCUGUAUAUCUUUUUUAACAAGAUGAAAUUCGCUGUUUCUUGCUUUGAAAAACUGAGAGAUGUAGCUGAUGAAGAUUAAGACUUUACAUAUGUGAUGUUUGCGUACAAAUAGCUUGGAUUAUGUUUUUAGAAGGUGUAAGAAUACGACAGAGCUAUAGUAUGUUUCAAAUCUUUGCUAUAAUAUGCUUGGAAAGAAAAUAAUGUCGAGUAUGAGAUGCAAGCUUAUGAUUAUCUUGGGAUGCAAUACUAUUAUCUGGGUUAAUUAGAUAAUGCCAAAUACUAUCAUGAACGAAUGGUCAGAGGGAAAUUUGAGUCUAAGAAAUCUAAUCUAAGAAGACUUAGCGAAGAAUAAUACAAAAAGAAGGAGCUAGCAAAAGAGGAAAGGUAUAAAAAGUAUGAAUAAACAGUAGAAAUAGAUCAAAACACAGGGAAGGAAGUUAUAAUAACAAGAGAGGCUAAAGACUACAGACUUGGCAGAGAAAUCAGAGAAUAAUCAUUGAUUUUUAUGCAAAGGAUAAAUGAUGACUUGGAUAUGAUUAUCUAAAAUAAGGGUUUAGUUCCGAUGCUACUUAAGAAAGUUAGUGAACCUGCUAAGUUAUAUCAAACGACUUAAUAAGAUGAUUAAUUUCAAGAUAUGGUUUAGAAUAACCCACAAUCCCUUAUGAUCAAAGCUCAGUAAAACAUAAAAUAAAGGAUGUAAAACCAUGCCUUAUUUUCACAUCCAAAGAUAUACAUAAGACAAGGAACCAGUAUCUUUGAAAAGACCGAUAAGGAACUUCCAUCACCAAAAGAUGUUAAUUCCAAAGGUAAAAACGUUCAACUUUUACCUCAUUUUUUGAAUGAUGAAGAUACCGAGGACGAUGUGGUUUAAGACAUUUCAAAUGAUAAUAAUUUAAAAGAGGAGAAUGUUAGACAUAAUACUGCAAAAUAGCCAUAAACUGCUAGAAACCUAAAGGCCAUAAGAGAACUUAAAGCACAGAAGAUCUAAAUAAAGAGAAAAAGAAAAAUCAGAAUGUUAACGUGCUUGAAACCUUUCAGACUAUCAGAGCUUAAUCUAAACUUAAUUAAAAUAAAAUUUAUAAGCAAAGCUUGGAAAAGAAGAAUGGAUACUGGGCCUAAGCAGCCAUUUGAAUUUAGAAUGAAGGACUUGUUUAAGAAAAUCGAACUGAGUAAAAGUGAGGGUCCUCAUUAUUUGUUAUUCCUCAAGCAUUUAAGUCCGAUUCAUAAUCUCAAAUUUGCUAAAGAAAUAGAAGAUAAAAAUUACAUCAAAAUACUUAAGAAAUUCAACGAAUUCAAGAACGAUAUAUUUAGUUAGUGA